AUGGGCAACGUACCCUCGUCAAAGAAACGCAAAGAUAGACCCAGUAUCAUUCGUGCUGACGUCCCUGAUAAUGAAUACUCCAACUCGACGGCGGCAUCGAUCAAUUCCAUUCUAGUCAACAGCUCUCUCCAUCGCCAACAACAAUUGUCCCAACAACAGCAACAACAACAACAACAAGCUCCACCUCCUUCAACAGAAAAUGCAUACCAACAACAACAACCCUUUCCCAACAGUAUUCCAAACAGCAUUCCAACCAAUAACAACAAUGUCGCUGCCAAUGAGCAAUCUGUAUCGUCGACUCAAGACUUGAAUCAGUUGACGUUUUCGUCACAAAACCAGUUGACAGCUACAUCGAUUCGAUCCAUUGGAAGAAACUUGGACAUUGAUGAAUGCAUAUCUCGUUUAUUGGCUAUGGGGAACACAAGCAAGGUAUCCAAGUUGCCGUUCAGGAACUCUGAGAUCGUGGCUAUAUGCCGAGCAGCUCAAGAAGUGUUUAUGAGUCAACCGACCAUGAUUGAAUUAAAUCCUCCUGUCAAGAUAUUGGGUGAUAUCCAUGGUCAAUACCAUGAUCUGAUUCGUCUUUUCAAUAUGGGUGGAUUUCCUCCAGAUUCCAACUACUUGUUCUUGGGUGAUUAUGUGGAUAGGGGCAAGCAAAGUCUAGAGACGAUCCUGCUGCUGUUUUGUUACAAGAUCAAAUAUCCUGAAAACUUCUUUUUGCUCCGGGGCAACCACGAGUGUGCCAAUGUAACACGAGUAUAUGGAUUUUACGACGAAUGCAAACGACGAACCAAUGUCAAGAUAUGGAAGACUUUUGUGGAUGUAUUCAAUACGUUGCCGAUUGCAGCAUUGGUGGCAGGCAAGAUCUUUUGUGUACAUGGUGGUUUGAGCCCAUCAAUGCAGUCUUUGGAUGAUGUACGCAACAUUAUGCGACCCACGGAUGUACCUGAAUAUGGCCUUUUGAACGAUUUACUAUGGUCCGAUCCAUCAGAUCAAGCUAUUGAAUGGGAAGACAAUGAACGUGGUGUAUCAUACUGCUUUGGUAAAAGGAUCGUCAAUGAUUUCUUAGCAAGACAUGACUUGGAUCUCGUGUGUCGUGCUCACAUGGUUGUUGAGGAUGGCUAUGAGUUUUUCGGUGGACGAGCAUUGGUCACGGUGUUUUCGGCUCCCAACUAUUGUGGUGAAUUUGAUAACUUUGGCGCCAUCAUGAGUGUCAGCGAAGAGCUAAUGUGUAGUUUUGAACUCCUGACGCCCACCGAUCAUCCACGGUAUGUCACAAAGACAAAAGGAAGGCGAGCGCCAAGCCCACCACUUAUGGAUGCACUUCCAUCUCCCAAAGAGGAACAAACCGUUGCAUGA